AUGACAAGUAAAUCAAAGUCAAUAGUGAUUGAUAGUGGUAGUUGGACAACUAAAAUUGGAUUCGUAGGAGCAGAACAACCCAAAGAAAUAUUUCCUUCAAUAGUUGGAUGGCCAGAGGAUACUGAUGAAUUUCAAGUUGGUGAUGAAGUUAAAGAACCAAACAUUGAACUUGAGUAUCCAAUCGAUGGAAGAGUGAUCAAGGAUUGGGAUGGUAUGCAAAAGAUAUGGGAAUAUGCAUUUGACAAGCUCCAAGUAGACUCUGAAGAACAUGCAGUAUUAUUGACAGAGCCACCACUCAAUCCAAUGGCAACCCGUGAAAAGAUGGUACAAGUCAUGUUUGAAACUUUUAAAACCACUGAUGUCUACCUUUCAUGUCAACCGGUACUAGCUCUCCAUGCCACUGGUAAUAAAGACCAAACUGGUAUUAUCAUCGACUCUGGAUAUAGUGUAACGCAUAUUGUGCCAAUUGCCGAUGGAUACUGUGUAUCAGAUGCCAUUACCCGACUAGAUAUCGGUGGACUUGAUAUCACAAACUAUCUUGACAAAAUGAUAUCUGAUCGUGGGUAUGAAAUAGCCAACCAAAACCAAGUGGCCAAUGAAAUCAAGGAAAAGUGGGCUUAUGUUGUCAUGGAUGCUCGUAUUCAAAAGACUACUAAUGCCAGCAGCUCUUCUGGACGACACUUAAAGAGUUAUACAUUACCAGAUGGUCAAUCUGUCGUUUUAGGAGAUGAACUAUUCAGUUGUUCAGAAGCCCUAUUCUCACCAUCACUGAUUGGGAAAGAUAUGGUCGCUGGUAUCCACAAAGCCACCAAUCAAAGCAUUUCCAAAUGUCAAGAUCCAAAGGAUUUGUAUGCCAAAAUUAUUCUGGCCGGUGGCAACACCAUGUUCCAAGGAAUAGGUAAUCGUUUGGCACAGGAGAUGAAAUCUCUUGCUCCACUGAUUGAAAAUAUCAAUGUUGUUGAAUCUCCCAUCCGAAAGAAUGCAGCUUGGAUUGGUGGAUCUCUUCUUGCAUCCCAAGCAGCUUUCGAUACAGAAUGGUUAUCUAAAGCAGAUUAUGAUGAAUCAGGUCCUUCCAUUGUUAAAAAAUGUUUUUAA